AUGGACUCAUUUAGCGUUUUCAUUUUACUCGUCCUCUUUAUGAAUGCUUUUAUGACCUUUACAAGUGAGGCCAAGGUUUACAUGGUUUUACUGGACAAAGCUUCUGGUGGCUCCUCCAAGAACACAAAAUUAUUGUUGAGGAAUCAGGAAAAAAUAGCCAGUUUCAAAGAGAAGAUGGCACAAGAGCAUGACGCUUUCCUUGAAUCUCUGUUAUCCAGAAGUGCCUAUACGAAACUGUACAGCUACACCCAUCUCCUCAAUGGAUUUGCGAUCGAGGUGUCAUCUAAGGAGGACAUUGACACCCUACGGAAUGCUGAAGGAGUUAGGACAAUCCAUGAAGAUGUGAAAAUGGAGAAGAUGACAACACAUACGCCUGACUUUUUAGGGAUUCCUACUGGGGUUUGGCCAACACUUGGAGGAGCUCGGACAUCAGGGGAUGGAGUGGUGAUAGGUUUCAUUGACACGGGGAUAAAUCCUUUCCAUCCAAGCUUCAUGAUUCAAUCAUCAACAGAUUCGAGUAGGGGAAUAUAUUCAAAACCUACAAAAUAUAAAGGGAAAUGUGCAUCUGGGGAGCAAUUCCCUCCAACAGCAUGCAAUGGUAAGAUAGUAGGGGCGCAAUAUUUUGCAAGAGCUGCAGUUGCUGCCGGUGAAUUCAAUGCUACCCGUGACUAUGCCUCCCCUUUUGAUGCUGAUGGUCAUGGGAGCCAUACAGCUGCAACAGCAGCAGGAAACCACCAAAUUCCUGUAAUAGCAAAUGACUUCAAUUAUGGUUAUGCCAGUGGCAUGGCUCCAGGAGCCAGGAUUGCUAUUUAUAAAGCUCUGUAUGCUUUUGGAGGGUAUAUGUCUGAUGUUGUGGCUGCUGUUGAUCAGGCUGUGGAAGAUGGAGUUGACAUACUGAAUCUUUCUAUAGGGCCAUCAAAAGUGCCAUCUGGACCUUCUGCUUUUCUGAACCUGUUAGAGAUGGAGCUUUUAUUUGCCACAAAAGCUGGUGUUCUUGUUGUUCAAGCUGCUGGAAAUGGAGGGCCUUCUUCCAGUUCUAUGCUUUCUUUUAGCCCAUGGAUCACAAGUGUCGCUGCCUCUAUAACUGAUCGCAGAUACAACUCAUCAGUUAGGUUGGGCAAUGGACAAAGCUUUUCUGGCACAGGACUUGCACCUCCAACAGUUGGAGAAGUGUUCUUCCCUCUAGCUGCGGCAGCAGAUGUUGGGCAAAUAAACUCCACUGAUGGUCUUCUGACGAUUGAUAGCUGUCAAAGCUCGGAGCAAUUUGUCCGCUCCUUAGUUCAGGGGAAGAUAGUUAUUUGCACAUACACACUUGAUUUCGACUCUGAGGCGUCUGGUAUUGCCGCAGUUGCAGACACCAUGAGUAAAGUUGGCGCUGCUGGCUUCAUACUUACAAGGAACCCUGAUAUUGGUUUUGAGCAGAUUAAGGGUGCUGCAGUAACCUUACAAGUUCCUGGAGUCAUCUUGAACAAUAUGGAAGCCUCUUCGGCACUCUGGGAGUACUACAAUGCAAAUACAAUAAGAAGCAGAAACGGAAGAGCCAUUGGCUUCAGAGCCACAGCAAGAAUUUUGGAUGGGAGGCGAGCAAUUUACACAGGGCAGGCUCCAACAGUGGCAUCAUAUUCAUCAAGAGGCCCUGAUGUCAAUAAUGAACUCUUAGAGAAUGCUGAUGUCCUCAAACCAAAUAUCAUGGCUCCGGGCUCCUCAAUAUGGGCGGCCUGGAGCCCAAACAGUGAAGGAGAUGCUCACAUCAAAGGUCAAAUUUUUGCGCUAUUGUCCGGGACAAGCAUGGCUACUCCACAUAUUGCCGGUAUUGCAGCUCUAAUUAAGCAAAAACACCCACACUGGAAUCCUUCAGCUAUUAUAUCAGCAAUGACGACAACAGCGGAUAUAGCUGAUCAAACAGGUGCUCCAAUACUAGCCCAAAAAACCAAGCAGAUAUCUGCUGCAACCCCCUUCGACUUUGGAGGUGGUGCUAUCAACCCCUCUCGAGCAAUUGAUCCUGGACUUGUUUUCAACAUCAACUUCAUGCAAUAUGUAAAGUUUUUAUGCUCAGUUCCAGGUGUUGAUGACAUGUCUGUUAGACAAGCAGUCGGCGUUUCAUGUCCAAUUCAGAAGACACGGUGCUCAGAUCUGAAUACACCGAGUGUUACAGUUUCCAAGUUGAUUGGAUCAAGGAGGAUUCUCAGAAAGGUAACUAAUGUUGGUAAUGCAGAUGAGAAGUAUAUGCUGAUAGUAAAAGAGCCUUUAGGGGUGAAAGUUACUGUGAUACCACAGGUUUUUAAGAUCAGUGUCAAUGCUUCAAGACGUAUUACCAUUCAGUUUAAUGCAACUGAGGCAACAGAUGCUUACACAUUUGGUGAAAUACUGAUGCUGGGAGAAAAGAAGCAUGUUGUAAGAGUGCCUAUGGCUGUCUAUGUAAGUAGCACUAUAGGAUGAUGAAGUCAAUCCCCUUAUACACAUAGUAUUAGGAAAAUUAUUACCUCAA